AUGUCGAACCAGAGCAUUCUGAGAAUUACCCGCGAACUGGGCGAGAUCCAGCGUGGCUCCGACCUCUCCAUAGCUGUAGCCUGUCGCGAUAUCGACGUGCGCCAUGUGCGGGCACUAAUCAUCGGCCCACCUGACACCCCAUACGAGUUUGGCUUCUUCGAAUUCGCUGUCAAGUUCACCCGAGACUACCCAACAAAGGCGCCGAGUGUGACGGCUAUCACUACACAUGGUGGGCGCACGCGUUUCAACCCCAAUAUCUAUGCGGGUGGGAAGGUGUGCCUGUCAAUCCUUGGCACAUGGCGAGGAGAGCGUGGGGAAGAGUGGUCAUCUGCCCAGGGACUCGAAUCUAUCCUCAUCUCUAUCCAGAGCCUCAUGUCCAGUAACCCAUAUGAGAACGAGCCUGGUUUCGAGGACGCCAACUCAGACUACGACAAGAAGAACCAGGAGGCAUACGUUGACAAGAUCCGUCACGAAUCCUUACGCAUAUCAGUCAUAGACCGGCUUGAAGAGUACCUGGGCAUCAGCUGGGGGAGGUCGGGCCCAACCGUGUACAAUGCGGAAGAGGACUAUCAGUCUAGCAGGGACGACGCGCCGUUUGAACCCUUCAAGGACCUCUGCAAGCGACGCUUCCUGUGGUACUACCAGUCGUAUCUGGCUCGUGUAGAUGAGGCGGCGAAGAAGAACAAGGAUGGUGAACGAUUCGAGAAGAUGCCCUUCGAGGGACCAGGCAACGCAAUGGAGGGUACAUUCCAGUACACACAACUCCGAGAGCGGCUCGUAAAGAUCUUCGAGACCCUUAACAAGGAGAUGGAGGCUUGGGCUGCUGAGGGAAUGGCCGCUGUUAGGAAGGAGAUGAGCAUCGCCAAUAAUCUCCAGCGCCAGUAUGAGCAGAUCAUUGAGAAGUACAAGAAGCAAGACGCCGUCACACUGGACCUUGACCUAGUGGACAAAAAUCCAUUCGUGUGGCAGCUGGUCCUCUUUGGCAGGCCUAUGACCAACCUUGACGGUGGCAUGUUUAGAAUCAUGCUGUACAUUAGCCCGAAGUUUCCUGAGGUCCUACCUCGCGUGAGGUUCGAGACACCAGUCCUCUACCAUCAUCGCGUGUCACCUGAUGGCAUUCUCUGCUACGACGCUGCCCGUAAGGAUGACAUGCGGUCACACAUCGAGGCCAUCAUUGCUGCUAUCGAGGAGGAAUCGCCUGCAUACGACCCACGCACGCUGGUGAACCCUGAGGCUGCGAAGCUCUUCUGGGGUACACCAGAGGAGAAGAAGCUCUACAACCGCAAACUAAGGCGGUCUGCACAAGACAGUGCUGAAUUCGCCCGUGCAUACGGCGCUUUACGCGCAAAGUUUGGCCGCCGGGACCCUGAACCCAGGCCCCCGGACUUAUACACGAUCCAAUCGCUCGGAAAGGUGCUUGUCGUUGGCGGUUGCGGCUUUCUCGGAAGCCACAUUGUCAGCUUCAUUGUCAACCGUCACCCCCAGACACAAGUCGCAGUUCUCGAUCUACGAACCAACUCGAAUCGCAACUCCAGCCCGAACGUAUCCUACCACGAUGGCGACAUCACAGACGCUGCGGCCAUGGAGGCGCUGUUCUCUGAGGUGAAGCCCAAUGCGGUCAUCCACACAGCAUCUCCGCACUUCGACCUGAAGCCUGAGAUUCACGAGAAGGUCAAUGUUGGCGGAACCAAGGUUCUGCUGAAAGCUGCGCAAGAAGCUGGGGUCAAGGCAUUUGUGUAUACAAGCUCAGCGAGUGUUAUCCUCGACCAUGAAACUGAGCUCAUCAACGCGGACGAGAGAUGGCCACUUGUUACUGGCGAUGCCCAGCCUGAGUACUAUACAACCACAAAGGCAUACGCAGAGACAGCCGUCCUCCAAGCCAACCGCAGCCCUGAAAACGACCCUAGCUUCCUGACCUGCGCCAUCCGCCCUGCCGGUAUCUUCGGCGAAGGCGAUGUACAACUGCUCCCUAAGAUGGUCAACGCGUACAAGACAGGAAAGACCAAGUUCCAAGUUGGUGAGAACAACAACAUGUUCGACUUCACGUACGUUGAGAACGUCGCAUACGGACAUGUCCUCGCUGCUAUCGCACUGCUCCAUACCCACAGACGCCUGCCCAGCAUUCCCCUAGACACCGAGCGCGUCGACGGCGAAGCAUUCUUCAUCACGAACGGCCAGCCCGUAUACUUUUGGGAUUUUGCACGCUCGGUAUGGCACGAAGCAGGUGACCAGACACCGUUGAGCAGCGUGUGGCAUCUCAGUGCCGACUUCGCAUGGACUGUUGGUGCAAUCCUGGAGAACAUUUUCUGGCUCUUGGGGAAGAAGCCUAGCUUGACCAGGGCUCAGGUCAAAUACAGCAGCAUGUCGAAAUACCACAGCAUCAACAAGGCGAGGCAGCGGUUAGGGUAUGAGCCACUUGUCACCCUCGAUGAGGGCGUCAAGAGGGGCGUACAGUAUAUUCUAGAGCAGGACAAGAAGGCUGGCGAGAAGAAGGGCCAAGACAAGUUCAUUCCUAUAUUGCAGGCCCUCCAUCGCACUUUCCCAACCCCACGUUCCCCUUCACCCCGCCAACAUGGCGCGCAAUCACGAAGAAGUAUGUCGCGCCCGCUACUUCCCGAGUCAGCAUACGCAGCUCUCGGCCUCUCUCCUGCAGCGAUCAAAGACCUGAUGAAUCCCAAGCCACCGCCGCCUGAACCCCCCGAAAUACACGCGCCAAACCUCCUCCAGAGCGAUGAGGACAACGCGCGGCCCAUGUCGCCCAACGAGACUUCUAUAACGCUGUAUGCAGAGCUCCUGCUGCAUAUACGUACUGUCACGCUUUUCGCCUCGCUGCGCACGAAUUUCUCGCGCUCAACUGAUGCGAAGCUGUCGAGCGACGGGUCUUACAUCACAGUGUCGCACGAAGGCCAGUCUGCGUCGAUACGUCUGCCUGUCAACAUCGAGGGUGGAGGCGAGGCUGCGCUCGAACUUCCAUCGCAACCCCCAACCAAGGAACUCACACUACGUCUUCAACUAGAAGAGCGUGAAGGAAGCGACCUCCUGGGCGCACUGCAACGUGAGGACCGACAAGCCAAUAUUGUGCCAUGGGAUGGCGCCUCACUCAACGAUGCACAAGAUGUGGAGCUUACUUGUAAGAGCUGUGAAGGCGUGAUUGUAGCCAAGGGGAAGAUUCGGCAGUGGAAAGAUCUACCGAAUGAGAAUUGGGCUGAGAUGAUGGACUUUUGGCAUUGCCACAAGCCGGAUGAGCAUCACUUGCAUGAUCACAGUCACGAUGAGAUUAUUGGGCAGAAGGGGUAUGCAGCUGCCAAUCGCUUGCAGGCUGUAGACGGGGUAGGCUUUGUUGAUUUGGCGAGUUUCUUACUGGCGGAGCAGGACUGUGAUGGUGCACAGAUGUCUUCCAAAAAAGAAGCAGAGCUGCCGGCAGACCUGAUCCAAUGCGCACAUUGCAACCACACGAUCGGCACCCAGGAUCCUGCUACCUCCGGCUGGCGCAUACGAAAGUGGGCCACUGGCGUAAGAUCCACGUCCCCAUCCACAACAUCCACGUCAUCCACCUCUCCGACUACCUACACAGUUCAGAAAUGGAUAACAGCCCGUCUUCUCCACCUAAUCGACAACACCGGCCUUCGCAAAUUUCACAUUCACACCCCUCACCCACCUCCCUCCAACCCCUCUGAAGAAACUGAACCCAUACCUUCCCUCCUGGUCUGGGUAUUUACCCCGGACCUUCUCUUCUCUUCUUCCAUACCCACGCCUGGUCGCCUCGAUCCCACACGUACGAUGAAGAUUUUCUACCAGAAGCAGACCUGGCAGGCUUUGAAGCCUGGAGAACCAGAGAGUGCACAGGUAGAGGACGUGGAGUUUCCUGAGGAGUUGUAUGGGGAGCUGAAAGGGGCGCUUGAAAGGAGUCAGAGGUUGUUGCCCCCGACUGCGAAGAAGUUCCAAGGGUGGGAUGUUGGGCUACUGGAAAGGUUUGAGGUGCUUGAAGCUGGGAUGGGGAAUUUAGAAGGUGAGGAUGUUUUGAAUGGGGGUGUCAGUGACAAGGGGAAACCAGGUGACAACGGGCUGGAAUGUGAGAUACCAUCGGAAGAUGUUGAUUGA